AUGGGUGAAGAAAUACCCCGCAGUCUCAAGGAUUACAUGUACCCGACAAGGGCAAGCCAGCCCUCUUGCAUUGUUUUACCAGAAACCGCUGGUCAGUUUGAGUUAAAGGCGAGCACAAUACAUAUGCUCCAUGUGUUUCGAGGGGUUGAUGCUGAAAACCCCUACCACCACGUGAGAGAGUUUGAAGAGAUUUGUGGGACUCUGCGUUUCACUCAAAUGCCGGAAGAGUCCCUGAAAUUGAGACUGUUUCCUUUCUAUUUGAAGGAAAAGGCCAAGUCUUGGUUAUAUUCCCUGCAGCCAGAGUCAAUUAGGACAUGGGAUGAUCUUACGAAAGAAUUUUUCAGAAAGUUCUUCCAAAAUCACAAGACUGCGACCAUUCAUCAAAGUCUAGAUGUUGGCGCCCGAACAACAGUUGAGUCAAUGUGCAAUGGUUUAUUUAUUGACAAAAGUGCUGAUGAGUCUUGGACUUUCCUAAUUGAAGUUGCUGAAAAGACUCAGCAGUGGGAGUCCAUUCGUGAACCUAGGAAGACUGCCCCUGUAGCUGAUGUUCAUAGGAUUGAGUCUGACUUUGAGGGAAAUGCGAAAAUCGCAUCGUUGGCAAGGAGAGUAGAAGCGCUAGAGUUGCAGAAGAAUGUGAAACCUUAUGCCAGUACUAUCCGUGACCAUGUCGAAAUGUCUAUUUGUGCUGCAUGUAAUAGUUCUGACCAUCUAGUGGACAGUUGUCCAGAAAUAGUUGCAUUUCAGGAAUCUAGACUUGAACAUGCCAAUGCGUUGUAUCAUAAGCAAGAGAAUAAUCCCUGUUCUCAGACUUACAACCCAGGGUGGAGAAACCACCCUAGAUUUUCAUGGUCCAAGGGCCCUGUACAAGGGGGUACACCAGGAAACACACAAGGAUAUUCAUACCCUAGAAACCCCCAAAUGCAGUUGUACACACAACACCCUUCUGAGAAAAUUUUUUCUAGCAUUGAAGAAAGUGUCGGUCUGUUGACCCAAAAUCUUUUGCAAAAUCAGAAGACCACUGACCAAUGUUUUACUAGUCUAGAAAUUAAGAUAGUUCAGAUCUGUGAUGCGCUUGAUGAAAGGGAAAAGGGUAGGUUCCCAAGUCAGCCUCAACAAAACACGAAAGGCACAUUUCAGUCAAGUAUAUCUACUUGUAAUGAGACUGCACAUGUUGUCACCACUCUUCGUAGUGGUAAAGUUGUUGAUAACAACGUAGGCGUACCACAGACCAGUGAGUCUAAGUCAGACUCAUCAUUGCAUGCAACGCCACAGAAAACAUCUAUUGUAGAAAAUAAAUUUGAGCAUGUUUGUAAAUCUAAAAAUUUUACUGAUGUUAAUGUUUCUUUACCAACUAAUAUUCCUGUUGCUCCAUUUCCUCAAAGGUUGGUGCAGCAAAAGAAAAGCACCCAUUUCAACGAGAUGUUAGAGAUGUUCAAACGAGUUAACAUCAACAUCCCGUUUCUCGAGGCAAUUAAUCAAAUCCCUGUAUAUGCUAAAUUCCUUAAGGAUUUGUGUACACAAAAGCGCAAGCUUAAUUUAGGUCUUGGAGAGUUAAAACCAACACCUAUAACUCUUCAAUUGGCGGACAGAUCCGUCAAAGUUCCUCGUGGUGUGGUUGAGGACGUUUUAAUCAAGGUUGAUAAGUUUUAUUUUCCCGUGGACUUCAUUGUUUUAGAUACUCAACCUCUGCAAAACCAUGACUGUCACAUUCCUGUAAUUUUAGGACGUCCCUUCUUGGCGACGUCCAAUGCAAUUAUAAACUGUCGUAAUGGAGUGUUGAAACUGUCGUUUGGUAACAUGAAUGUGGAAUUGAAUGUGUUUAAUGUUAGUCAACAGCCUAUGGAUCUUGAUGAUAAUGAUGUGCAUGAAAUUAAUAUGAUUGAAAGCUUGAUUCAAGAUUCACUGUCUAACACUUUAUCAGUUGAUCCUUUGCAAGCAUGUAUGGAAAAUAUUAACUUGGAUCUGUAUGAUUCUGAGUACAUUAGUGAAGUCCACUCUUUGCUCGAAUCUGUGCCUCAUAUGGACGUCACUAAAUGGCAGACUAAAGUGGAACUACUCCCACUUUCUGAUUCCAAGUCUGUUCCAUCUCUUGUUGAGCCACCAAAGCUUGAACUGAAACCAUUGCCUGAUACUCUUAAAUAUGCAUUUUUGGGAUCUUCCAAUACUUUUCCUGUAGUCAUUUCAUCUGCAUUAGAUAUAUAA